UGUUGAGCUCGUAAAUGAUAUUUCACCAUUAUAUUCAAUAGUUAAUGGAGAUUUUUUCCCCUGCCUCCUGUGAGUAGAGUUAAGCCCGCCAUGUUUAAUUGUACUUCUGCGCUGUGAUUAGACGAACAUCCGUCGUCUGCUGAGAAUAGCACGUGUCAGCGGUUCAGAUGGCGAUCCAUUUACAGUAAAGAUACAGACUGUGCUUCAGCUUCCUUAUUGGGCACGAUAAGUCGCACCGAUCAUCCCCCUGUUGACUGGAAAAGAGAUAAUGGAUCACAGAUGUACUCUACUACAGAAAUCUUGAUGUCAAAUACAGCGCGAGGGGAUACUGCAAAACGUGAUUGAAUUAAAAAAUGAUGGACAUAACCAGCAAAUUACGUUUUCGGAUUAAAACCUCCAAUCAGACGUUUGAAGCCAUGUUGGACAGUUACAAGUCGGACGAUGACGACAUUGGGGCCUUGUAUUACGUAGUGGCUGUCGUCAUGAUCUACGGUCUCUCCAUCGUCAUGAUGAUUGCGUCGCACAUACGUAGAAACAAUCAAGACAAUCAGUUACGGAGCUACCUUAAGGAGAUGUCCCUUCUUCGCAAGAACGACAGACGUGAACGAAUCUUUACUCAAGUGGCUAAUGUGUCUACAAGUGCUAAACCAUUACUGACAAAGUCUCGAAGCUCUGGUAAGCAAGACUCGGACGAAAUUGAAACUUUACAAGAGAAUGAUGAUGAGUUUAACGACAUGAGGAUAAAUAGUAAUAGUGACGAAACUUGUGAUUCUGUGUUUCAAAUGUCAUGUGACGAAUCACCGGAAGUCGUAACUUACUACGAGGCUCAGAGUCGGAUGUGCAGCAGGACCAGCAGUGCUCAAAUUCAAGUUAUUGAUGAAAACGUCCCAUUGUGACCCAUCGAUGUUGCGAGGGCUUCUCCUUUCUGUCUUUCUUUUGAUGAAAUUAAAUGAAACAGCACAACGUUUACCAGAAAUCUUAACAAAAAUACGUUUAAUGUGAUAAAAGUCGUUUUCUGUCUUUUAUUUUGUGUAUACUAGUUUUCUAUUCAAGUACGUGAGUGUUCAAUGGCAGAAAAUUGGAAAUCUAUGUAGACUACGUGAAAGUAUUUGACUCGACGGAACGCAGCGAAGUUAAAUUUUAUCUUGUGAAAAGUGUCUUUUCUUUCUUGUGCAGUAUGAAUAGUUGUGCAUCUACAUCCCUACCAGCUCAAAUGAUAUAGGGAAUUUCCGUGUAUUUACUUGUUGUUUGUACUCAUAAUCCAACGGUUUUUAAAAUUCUAUGAGAACUCGUGAAGUUAUAGAUUGCUCUGUACAAAUAUUGAAGGUAUAACAACUUUUUAACACAAAGGUAGGCUAAAGAAAUGAAAUGCUGGUAAACAGGUUUUUAUUAUGUUCAUCCUUUUGGUCAAAAUCUACCUUCUACCUAUGAACAACUUAGCCUUGCUAUAAAUUAUCUUACUUCUUAUUCUUAAGAACUUCAAAACGUUAUUUUCUCCACAACCCUUUGAAACU